AUGGUGCCCCACCUUAACCCCACCAAUAUCUCGUCUUUCGAUGCCACUGAUUUUGGGCAGAGGUUAGACAGCUACCGCUUGAUAUGGUACGCGGUAGCAUUUGGGCUCAUUGCGAGCAUGGUCUUUGUCUUCAACAGUCAAAAGAACUACGAUGAUGGCCUCCUCACUGUCAAUAAGCGCUUUCCAUGGGAACCUUCCUUCUUCGCUCGAUUUCGUUGGAUCAGCAAAGCUGAUGUGAUUCUUGAAGAAGCAGAUAUUCAGGCAAAUGGUCGGCCAUAUCGUCUUGCGCGGGGUGAUACGGAUCAGAUCGUUCUGCCGGUGGAUAUGAUCCCUGAGCUGAAUGCCCUGGGUAUCACCGUCUUAAAUAGUCGCGAAUCUCAUUCAUUUAGUCUCCUGGGGCACUUGACUGGUAUGGAUGUGGUCCGCCAUACCAGUUUCCAUGUACGAGUAUUGCUUUCUUAUAUCAGCCCCGCCCUUCCUGGGCUAUUCGCUGUGACAGGGGCGAGAAUAUCGGCAGCUAUUUUGAUGGAGUUUCCAAAGAGUAACAAAUGGACUGUUAUGAAGCUGCACAAAGGAGUGGUUCGGUGCAUCGGAGAGGCAAUUGCUCUGUCUUUGUUCGGAGUGAAAAUGACGGAGAAUAAUCCAGAGCUCGUACAUCUUACUCAUGAGCAUACAAAUAACGUUUUUCAAGUGUGCUUCGCACUGCGCUGUGUGCCUCAAAUAUUACAACCAGCACUCCUUUGGCUUCUUCCCGCCAAAUGGCGCUUACUCAGUAGCUGGGCCAAGUUUAGGAGUUAUGUUAUACCCAGAGUAGAGCAGUUAAAAGAAGAAAGGAUCAAAGACGAAAACAAGGGCUUGGAGUCAAUUAACCCAGAUGUCAUCUCGUGGAUGGUAGAAGAUGGCCGAAACGAGCUGGAACGCGACCCUAAAGUUCUUACCACUCUUGUAGGAUCCAUAGCAGCUGGCUCGACGUAUAGUAUUACCAACUUCUGUUGCCGUACUAUCUUAGAUUUGAUAGCCCAUCCGGAAACACUAGAGAUUAUUUGUGAUGAAAUCCGUCAGAAGCAUGCCGAAAUUGGCGGUCGCUGGACUUGGGAACAUUUGAACAGUCUGGAAAAGCUUGAGUCAGCCAUGAAAGAAUCUUCUCGCCUUACGCCAGGGACGCUACUCAUUUAUAGCCGCGUUGUCAAGAAAGAUCACGUCCUCUCCAAUGGGAUCAAUCUUAAGAAGGGUCAAUUCAUCACAAUGUCUGCCUCUCAGCGUUCUAUGAACCCUGAAAUCUUUGAAAAUCCUUUAGAAUACAACGGUCUACGCUUUUGUGCAGCGGACAAGAUCGAGGAGCAUCGUGCCAAGCCAUUUAGCAGUAUCAAUACCGAUACGCUUACUUGGGGUGCAGGCAGAUGGGCUUGCCCAGGCCGCAUCAUCACUGAUAUGUCAGCAAAGAUCCUGCUUGUAAAGCUUUUGGAUGAGUUUGAGUUUGCUUUCCCUGGGGGCAAGCCCUUGAGACGGUCCGUCAUGCAUGAAUUCCUCUUUUUCAAUCCAGAAAGCGAUUUACUCGUGCGACGACGGGAAGACGCUUUGGGGAUUGUGUUCGUCCAGUAG